AUGACCUCCAACACCACCACUUUCCCCCAGUUUCAGCAGUUUCCUGCCGAGAUACGCUGCCAAAUCUGGAGGUACUGUUUUCGACAGCGCACUAUAUCGAUUGGCUACAGGAGGGACCACUGGUGGACAUACGUCAACCUGUGGCCUCUCCGCGAUAUCACCCAACCCAUCGCCAGAGUGUGCUACGACGCCUUGCAUGAAGCUGUUUUCCAUCGAAAACCCGUCGAACCCGCCCUCAGCCACGCUUUCAACCCCAUUCAGUGGCUCAAUCACAGCACCGAUACCCUCUACAUCCAGCCACCUGAUUCCUACGAAGACAACGCCUUAUCUUUAGAUGCCAAAGCUUUACUCGAAUGGCUCUUCUCUUCGGGCAUCACUAUAAGUUUCCAUCACCGCCUCCUCUCCGACUGGAAAAUAUGGGAGGACUGCCCUGACGACCGCACGCCCCAUGAGCUUUGGAGACAGCUCAAAGAAGCCGCCCAGACCCGAUGCUUGCAGGUGGUCGUCAUGGAGAGUGACUUGCACCUGACCCGGGAUGAGACCCUGUCGACUGGGCUCUGGGGGCCUUUCGCCGAGCCAGGAGAUAUUGCCUAUUCCCGCCCGGAUAAGUUCCUGGGCACCUCCCAGCUGCAGCGUGGUCACGCGAUAUGGCGAGCACUAUCUCUCAGCUUUGCCAACCGGUCGGAUGAUGGCGUGGAAGUUGGGUGUCUGGUGGUUGACUCUGUGAAUGAGUGGCGUGAGAGGGUUUCGUCAAUGGCACAAACCAGUUCAACAUGGUUUGAUCAGGAAACGAGGAGGGCUUUGGCAAGCCAAGCCGGUUCGUCAAGCCAGGAUUCUGCUAUGAAUGGGUUGUUGACUUAUACACUGGCUAGGUAA